GUAUGUUUAUUACGGGUAGACAAAUAUUCAGUGGGACAUGCUAAAAAUAGAAACAGGAUCAUAUAUCAAACUUAAAACGAAUGGUGGUAAACAAACAGACAAUAUUUAAUAUGGCGGACAAGAUUUUGUUUACGUUUAUUUUAUGUGCGGGGAUUACAAGUUCAUUUGCGCGAAAAAAAUGUUACAACUAUGAUACCUGGGAACAUGACGAUUCAUUUUGGUGUGACGAAGGCUGUUGUGGAAGUUAUGGUGAUAAAUACUGUUGCAACGAGUCCGACGACGCUGUCGGGGCAAUUGUUGGCAUUGUUAUAGGUUGCAUAAUCUUUGUCGCUCUUGUUGUGUCAGUAGUGGUGGCCAUAUGCUGUUGUUGUCGUAAAACAAGAGGACGUACCGGACAGGUGUGCCAACCGGCUACAGCUCAAACCACAACAAUUCAAAUGCACAGUCCCCUGCCGUAUGGACAAGUAGGAUAUAACGGCGCCAUUAACAUGCCAGUUACAAUAAUGACGUCAAACGUGACGCCAGGAACAACGCAACAAUGGCAACAGCCGGUGGCUCCGCCAAAGUACGAAGACAUUGCUCCGAAUGAGCAGAAAUGAGCAGAAAGACGUAUAACAAAGCGAAAUAUAGAACAUUAUCUGACAUUGAUGAAGAUUUUCUAAAUAACUUUAUUAAUGUUUCUGGAAUUUACUUUUUUACUAUUUGAUGUUUUGUUGUUGUUUUUUUGUUGUCGUUUUUUCGUUAUGCGUUCUAACUAUCGAUUAAUAUAAUUUAUGUGUGUGCCAUUACACGUAACAAAUAUACAUUGUGAUAAGAGAAGGGAAAACCCACAACUUUAUCUAAAAUGAACUUUGAUAAAAUACAGAAAAUAAAUUAUUUGGUUUCUUUAGUUGCGGUUUUAUUCUUCGUUAUAUAUUUAAAACUUUUUAUAUAUCGUUUUGUUUAACAGAUAUAUUUAUUUCUGUUUUCUGUGUAAAGUUGAUUAAACUUUGUUUUUCUUAAAGAAAUGCAUCAUU